GUGAACUUGUAGCUCUUCACCGUCCGGACUCAGCAUGAAGACUUGUCUGUAGCUGCUCAGUGAUUGGCUGACACAUUGAGAUGGCCCACCUCGCCAGUAAUGUCCCCAUGCCGGAUGACUUCCACGGCAAAGGUGGCGCCAGGACCCCCGGGGGCGCUGCCAAGACGCCAACCUCCGCCUCCACUUCUGUCCCCGCUGAGGUGCCGGACCGGCAGACCCGGGGGAACCGCAGAGGCGUCGUUGUGGCGCUGCGCGUCCCACACGUCAACGAGCUGCAGCUGACGGCAGCCACUGGUGGCGCCGAGGUGUCCUGUCGCCGCUGCACGGCACCAUUUGGUGUGGUGGUCCUCAUCGCCGGCGUGGUGGUCACAGCGGUGGCGUACACCUUCAACUCCCAUGGGUCCACCAUCUCGGUGCUGGGUCUGGUGCUGCUGUCUGCCGGACUGGUCCUGCUGGGAUCCAGCGCUGUCUGCUGGAGGGUCCGGCUGAGGAGGAGGAAGGGGGACCAGCGUAGGGAGAGCAGGGCCGCCCUCAUGGCCGGACAGGGAUACUGCCCAGCAUGAACUACGGC